AUGGUUGUGUGUCAAGUUUUGUGGGCCACUUCAUUACAGCCAAUUGGGAACAUGGAUGGGAAUGGAGAAGUCGAGCCUCCUGAUCAGCCGAGGAAAAUUGCUUAUUGGAUGAGUGAGAGAAAAUGUGGGGAGUUCAAUAUGGAGGAGCUUCAAGACAUACUACGUGGUCAUGGUUUAGAGCUGGUGAAGGUUGACUUGGACCAGCCCUUGGAUAAGCAGGGGCCAUUUGCUGUUUUUCUUCACAAGCUGGCCCCAUUCCUCCUGGCUUCUGAGGCCGGAAAUGCUCAGGCUAAAGAGAAGGUGAAAACUAUUGAAGCCUACUUGAAGAGACAUCCAGAAACUGUCAUGUUGGAUCCCUUUCCGAACGUUGAGAGACUUCAUGAUCGUCGCAUCAUGUACAGUGCCGUGGAAAACAAUCAUGUCUUCGUGCCAUCCUUUGUGGAGCUGAAUGCAACUGAUGUGGAGAAGAAUCUGGAGAUUGUCACCCAUGCUGGCAUUACAUUUCCAAUGGUUAUGAAGCCAAUGUCUGCCCCAGAGCACCAGAUGUGGCUUGUCUUUGGACCUCAAGGGCUGAAGGACAUUCAGCUGCCAUGUGUUGCCAUGACUUUUGUCAAUCACAAUGCGCUUCUUUACAAAGUCUUUGUUAUUGGGCACCAUUAUGAGAUUGUGGAAAGACCCUCCAUUCGUAAUCUCCAACCAUCGGACACUGCACCAACAAUUGAAUUCAACAGUCACAGCAUCAGCAAGCCAGACUCUGACCAUCCUUUGACUGUGAAGGAGGAGGAUGAUGAAAAAGCAAUUAAGAAGGAAGAUCUAGACAUUGGUCUCUUUGAUCGAAUAGUCCAUCACCUGAGAGAAGAUCUUGGACUCAUGCUGUUUGGUGUAGAUGUUGUCAUUGAGAAGGGAACAGGGAAACAUGCAAUCAUUGACAUCAAUGUGUUUCCGGGCUAUAGUGGUGUGGCCGAUGUCAUGUAUCACCUGAGCGAAUGCAUCCUGACUUGCGACGCGGAAGCAGGAAGUGAACUCUCUGACGUGGUCGACUCUGGGAUCGAGAUGGGAUACUCGAGCGAUGAGAAGCAGAAGCUUCCGUUGACUACGUCUUGAAAUGAUGGGAGAUGGUUAGCCCCAAAGGAGACACCUCGAGAUGCAGAAUACUCCUUUUAUAGUUUUAUACAAAAGUUGCUGAAUGAUGUAUUUGUGCUACAAAUAAAGGUUUUUGAGAUUUGGAGUCCUAAUCCUAA